UUCAAUUUGUACAAACUAAAAAAACCUCAUAAUUUUUGUUUGAAGGAAAGUGUACAAAAGAAAAAUCCAUACAAACUACUUCCCAGUAACUUCUGCGUUCACACAAACAGCUACAUAUACGAUGGCCAAAGGCAAAAUGAACACCAUCACACCCGAACUCACACAAGAAACAAAAAAAACAGAGGGCGGAGGAAAAAAUGGCCAACUUUUUCCAGGAAAUCGAGAUCCCAAACCAGAAGCGAUCCCCAAAUUUGCCGCCGUUCCCGGCCGUCCUCGUGCCAAACCCGGAAGUGUCCUCGCCGCCGUCUCUGGCCGAUUGCAUCACCGCCGUCGAAUCCCAGAAGCCGUAUCUGGAGUCUCUGCUGCACAAAACAGGGGCGAUCUUGUUCAGGGGGUUCCCUCUCUCCACCGCUUCGGAUUUCGACAACAUGGUGGAGUCGUUUGGGUUCGCCGAUCAGCCUUAUACUGGCGGAGCUGCCAGCCGGACUCACGUCGUCGGCCGGGUCUACACAGCCAAUGAGUCCCCAUCCGAUCAGAGGAUCCCCUACCACCACGAGAUGGCUUAUUCGCCGGAGUUCCCGAUGAAGCUGUUCUUCUUCUGUGAAGUGGAGCCGGCAAGCGGCGGCGAGACGCCAAUUGUGUUGAGCCACGUGGUGUACGAGAGGAUGAAGGAGAAGCACCCAGAAUUCGUAGCGCGGCUGGAAGAGGAAGGGUUGCUGUACAGCAGAGUGAUCGGAGAAGAAGACGACACUUCUUCCGCCAUUGGUCGAGGCUGGAAGUCUACGUUUUCCACCAAUGACAAAGAAGUCGCCGAACAAAGGGCUGCAAAACUGGGAAUGAAGCUGGAGUGGAUUGAGGAUGGUUCAGCACGAUUAACGGUUGGUCCAGCCCCAGCAACUAAACACGACAAGUUGAGAGAUCGCAAGAUUUGGUUUAAUUCGAUGGUGACGUCUUAUACAAUUAACGGGAGCGAAAAAUUCGACCCGACAAAGUCCGUUAUGUUUGGGAACGGUGACCUUUUACCUGGCGACAUUGUUUAUGAUUGCUUGCAAAUCAUGGUAGAGGAAAGUGCUAUUAUCCCUUGGCAAAAUGGUGAUGUCUUGUUGGUAGAUAAUUUGGCAGUGCUACAUGCUCGAAACCUUUUCACUCCACCUCGUCGAGUUUUGGCUGCACUCUGCAAGUGAAAGUUAUAUUUUCUCCUUAGUUUGAGCAUGGUUCUUCUGGUUUUCUCUUUUUAAUAAAAUUUAUAAUUUACAUGUUUUUGUGCUUUGAUGUCGUCCUUGUGUACUACUCCAUAUUAAGUUAGAAACAUCAAAUUAUGUAUCUUAUUUUAUAUAUUAGUAAGUGUUUAAUAUCAUGAUAACAUCAAAUUAUUUUGUUAAAUAAUACUCGAAAGAAUAAAGUGAUAGACGAUUA